AUGAGAGGUUUUCGCAUCAGUAACAACCAAAUAGAAGGGUCACUGCCACGAUCUUUGAGUCAUUGCAAAGAUUUAAGACUUUUCGACGUCGGAAACAACGAUUUAACCAACGCUUUCCCGAAAUGGUUACGAAAUUUGAAUCAUUUACAAAUUCUUAUCUUGAGAUCGAACAGAUUCUAUGGUCAAGUGGAUGACUCUGAUGUUGCAGUUUCCUUCACUCGUUUGCGUGUCAUUGAUCUUUCUCACAAUAAUUUCAGUGGCUACUUACCCACCAAAUUCUUUGAAAAUUUGCAUGCCAUUAGAGAAGGGUUGGAAAUGGAGUACAUGAUAGAUAGAACGACCGAUGGAACGAUGUAUUAUGUGGAUGGUUUAUCUUUUGCAACAAAAGGGUUGGAAAUGGAGGUUCACUCACUAUUAACCAUUUGGAUGGUUCUAUCCCGUCAUCAUUAG